AUGUGUGUGUGUGUUGAGGUUUUUCUGACUUCUCAGAUUUCUGUAAUCUUUGUAUCUUUAUUCUUUUUUCUGACAAAAGUUUUCUUUUAUUGAAUUUUAUGCAUAUAAUUUUGCCAGUAAAACAAAAAGUAAAAAAUAAAAAAAUAGAUAAUAUGGUACAACCUGCAAAAACAAUGAUUGAUAUUUUUUUCAUUCCGUUAAUGUAUUUUUUUUUAUUGAGGUAGAGUUGACUCACAAUAUGACGUUAGUUUCAGGUGCCUAUACGUAUCUUUAUUCUUAAUCAUGGUCCACACCAAAUCAUAAAAUGCAGAAGGAGAAGAGGAAUGUUCAUGCAAUCUACAGGGCACCCGACCAAAGGAACACCUCUUCCUGAUGGGAGUACAGGGGCGCCGGAGCUGGAGAAAGGGUGGAAGGCGGGAUCCCUCUGGGGAGAGCUCUGGGGAAGACAGCCUGACGUGCCAGAGUGUGCUCACACUCCCCGGGCUGUGCAAUCACUCGCGUGUGGGAUGGAUAGCAGGGUCUCGAGCACAACCAGUAAUGGAGAGACAAAGCCAGCGUACCCAGUCAUGGAAAAGGCGAAGGAAGAUGGCACCCUGGAACGGGGACACUGGAACAACAAGAUGGAGUUUGUGCUGUCGGUGGCCGGGGAGAUCAUUGGCCUCGGCAACGUCUGGAGGUUUCCCUAUCUGUGCUACAAAAAUGGGGGAGGUGCCUUUUUCAUCCCCUACCUCAUCUUCCUCUUUACCUGUGGCAUUCCUGUCUUCCUCUUGGAGACAGCGCUGGGCCAGUACACUAGCCAGGGAGGCGUCACAGCCUGGAGGAAGAUUUGCCCCAUCUUUGAGGGCAUCGGCUACGCCUCGCAGAUGAUUGUCGUCCUUCUGAACAUGUACUACAUCGUCGUCCUGGCCUGGGCCCUUUUCUACCUCUUCAGCAGCUUCACCGUCGACCUCCCCUGGGGAAGCUGCCGCCACGAGUGGAAUACAGAAUACUGUGUGGAGUUCCAGAGGACCAAUGGCUCCCUGAAUGUGACCUCUGAGAAUGCCACCUCUCCUGUCAUCGAGUUCUGGGAGAGGCGGGUCCUGAAGAUCUCUGAUGGCAUCCAUGACCUGGGGGCCCUGCGCUGGGAGCUGGCCUUAUGCCUCCUGCUCGCCUGGGUCAUCUGCUACUUCUGCAUCUGGAAGGGGGUCAAGUCCACGGGCAAGGUGGUGUACUUCACAGCCACAUUCCCUUACCUCAUGCUGGUGGUCCUGUUAAUUCGAGGGGUGACAUUGCCCGGGGCAGCCCAAGGAAUUCAGUUUUACCUGUACCCCAACCUCACGCGCCUGUGGGAUCCCCAGGUGUGGAUGGACGCGGGAACCCAGAUCUUCUUCUCCUUCGCCAUCUGUCUAGGGUGCCUGACGGCUCUGGGCAGCUACAACAAGUACCACAACAACUGCUACAGGGACUGCAUCGCCCUCUGCUUCCUCAACAGCGGCACCAGCUUCGUGGCCGGGUUUGCCAUCUUCUCCAUCCUGGGCUUCAUGUCUCAGGAGCAGGGGGUACCCAUCUCUGAGGUGGCCGAGUCUGGCCCCGGCCUGGCUUUCAUCGCCUACCCCCGGGCUGUGGUGAUGCUGCCCUUCUCUCCUCUCUGGGCCUGCUGCUUCUUCUUCAUGGUGGUCCUCCUGGGACUGGACAGCCAGUUUGUGUGCGUAGAAAGCCUGGUGACGGCGCUGGUGGACAUGUACCCCCGUGUAUUCCGCAAGAAGAACCGGCGGGAGCUCCUCAUUCUGGGCGUGUCUGUCACCUCCUUCCUUGUCGGGCUGGUCAUGCUCACAGAGGGCGGUAUGUACGUGUUUCAGCUCUUUGAUUACUAUGCAGCCAGUGGCAUGUGCCUCCUGUUUGUGGCCAUCUUUGAGUCCCUCUGUGUGGCUUGGGUCUAUGGGGCCGGGCGCUUCUACGACAACAUUGAAGAUAUGAUUGGGUACAGGCCGUGGCCUCUUAUCAAAUAUUGCUGGCUCUUCCUCACUCCAGCUGUAUGCACAGCCACUUUCCUCUUCUCCCUGAUCAAGUACACUCCCCUGACCUACAACAAGAAGUACACAUACCCGUGGUGGGGUGAUGCCCUGGGCUGGUUCCUGGCUCUGUCCUCCAUGGUCUGCAUUCCUGCCUGGAGCUUCUAUAAACUCAGCGCCCUCAAGGGCUCCUUCAGAGAGAGAAUUCGCCAGCUCAUGUGCCCGGCUGAGGACCUGCCUGGAUGGAAGCGAGCAGAACCCUCUGCCCCUGCGACACCCAGGACAUCGCUGCUCAUCCUCACAGAACUGGAGUCUCACUGCUAGGGCCGCAAGGCCUGGGGUCGUGCCCAUGGGCCUGGCUGUGGGGACAGCCUCCACCUGCCGUAGAUGAGACACAAGGGGAUAGCUUGGAAUCCACUCUGGGUUGAGCACCUCCCACCAGAACUUCCCUGCUCCAGGGGUGGCUGAACAGGGGUGAGAUGCUGGUAUCAAGAGCACCCCCUUUGAGACAGGCCUUGGGAGGCCUGGUGAGGGCUGGUGGGUGGAGCGAGAGCCCUUUCCCUCUUACCCUUCAUUCCAUUAAAUCCAUGUUCCUCCUGUCCACUGCCGGCUGUUCCGCCUGCUUCCUGCCUUGGCUGCCUUGAGCACCUCCUCACUUUGAAGUUGUGGCUUUACACCCCCCACCUCCUCCUGUCUCUCCUUCCCUCGCUGAGUUCUUAUGUCCCUUGAGCAGAGGGGAUGGUGGUGCGGAGAAGGCCAGUGGAGCCCAGCUGAGACCCUCCAUCUUCAGACACUCACACCAGAGGGAUCUGUCACACUCUGUCCAUGUCCCCCCUCCCCCAGCCCCUUCCCCCCUCCUUCGCUCUGCGCAAUAAGCAAGGCAGUGGAGGGAGAUACGAAGGGGACCUGAGCCC